CAACGAUCUCUGUGGCAAGAACAUAUCUUGUCCAACAGACUGCGAGCAUAGUCAUCAUGUCCUUGAAAGGAGCCGCUUCACCUGCCUUGCCAUCCUUCCCGCCGUCGCAAGAUGCAUCCACGAGCUCUGCAGGCCAGUCACAGCUCACCCCGCCCCCUGAGUUGGAGCAAACCCUCACGAUGCUGACAUCGCAUCGAUCCGUGCUCGGAUACAUGCUGCUUACGCGAAGCCAUCCCGUGACCAUCAUCCGUCACUCUGGGGCCGUGUUCGAAGGUGAGCAGGGCCGCAAGUACGCGAGCGCGGUCGGACGGAUUGUGGAGAGUGUGCAGCGAGGGCUGCAGGAAGUGAGUGGCGAUCAGAUGGAAGUGGACGAUAUGCGAUUCAUGAGGAUCCGAACGAAACGGCACGAGAUCAUGAUUUCACCAGACGAACGGUACCUCCUUGCCGUUCUUCACGAUCCCGCCUCGUGAGGUCUCGAGCGUGUAGACGCGCAUAUACCCACUUCCGACGUUUCCUUCUAUUGAGCACUUGUCCUUUUCUGUCUCUUACCAUCGUUUGUGAAUAUGGCAUUGGAGGUAGGCCGAGAGCGUCGUUGAAGUAUAGGAGAAGCACUAAACCCAUGCGAUGCACGGACGCUGUGACUGCGACCAAUCACUAGUGCAGUGCUCUAAUAGAGGCUGCUUGGAGAACGGGCAUUCUAGUGCGAGCGCAUGGGUUCUAGUGUAGUGUUUAGUACACACCGUUCCCGAGCGUGCCUUGCUCAGGCGGUCGACUUUGAGCUCUUGCAUAGCUGGUCAACGUUUUGGAUGACAUGUCGAAUACAUACAGGCGUGACUGGGCG